AGAUGACGCAGGAUUCUAUCAAGGCAUUUGUUCGAGAGAAUUUCGGCAAGGAUUACUUCCCAGUCUAUCACGGCCAAACAAACAUUAUCUCUCCACUUGCGCUGAUUGUUAAACGAAAGCGGUCGUUGUGGAAGCGCUCCUUUGGUAAAGGAGAAAUGGUCAUUGUUGGUGGAUUGCAGAGGUAUAUUACUGAAGAGAAAGAGAAACACUUUCAUAAUUACUGCCAGUCAAAACUUAUGAAAGAAGACAGGAGUUUGGAAAAAACAGAAACGAGUGAUGUCAGCAGGUCAGAGUUAUCAUUCUUUCAAUAAACUCUUUAUAAGUACUGCUCAUGCCCCAUACGCCUUGUUCAAUUUCCGUCUUUGCUAUGUACUUCCGCUAAACAGGGGCCAUAACCGGGUAUUGAGACCCUUAGUGAGUUAAGCCUUAUCUUUGCUCUCGCCUCCUACAUGAAAAAAAUUCCUUGUCAUGCAACAAACUACGAGCCCUUUCGCGCAAAUCUGAGUUUAGAGUUAAGUUAACUUAAAAAUUUGAAUGGUCAUUGGGAAAUGGGGACCUACGACCAGAUACUAGGGAAUAGGAAGUGGUAUGUGGAAAAUAUGGAGUGGAGUAUGGGAAAUGGGAAAUGGAGAAUGAAGACUACGGCAUGGAAAAUGAGAUAUGAGUAUAGCGAAAUGGAAUAGAAAUUCGAAAAAGGAAACAUGAUGAGGAUUGAAAAAUGAGGAAAAGGGAAAAGAAAAUUGACAAAGAUCAACGAAUCUAACAUUUUAAGAUUUUUACAGCUUCACUAAGCACCUGGUGAAAUUUUCAUUCCCUGAACAUGACUGAUACGUUGACAGGAAUCUUGAUGUCACGCUUGAAAGCUUGGACGCUGGGGGACUGGAACUAAAGUUGACCGACAUUCUGGGUGACCUGGAGCUUGGCAAGCUUACAGAAGAGUAUUACGUGGACGUAGAUUUGCGCGAAUUGUUGUCACACGCUGUGUUAAAUGCUGAUAAGAUGACGCCAUUAGAGGGUCACGAUUUGCUUCUUGUCACUGCAGUGAUGUAUAGCGCCAAGUUUCUUCUUAAAGGCAACCGAAUGCAUCAGGUAUAGUUUUUUGUAUCAGUACAGGUUCUCGUUCUGUAAAGAAUCGGUUUAUAAGCUUUUCUUGAUUAUUAGAAGUUUUUCACAAGGUAAAACAUGGCAUACAGGGUGAACCUAAUAGUUUUCUGUACCCCGAACUCACUUCAAAAGUACUUUGCGAUAUCGAAGUCUCAUUCUACCUUUCAUUUUUUUCCUCUUUUAGGCAACAGUUUCAGGAGAAGUCCACGCACCCUCCAAACUAACCUCGUUAUUAGGGAAAGAUCCGUUAAUAAGAGGAAGCGUUACAAACCAGUCCUAUCUUCCACCAAUGGUACGAAGAAAUUCUCGCGCGCCUUUUCUCUUUAAAUUUUGUCGCGUAACUUAUAGCAAGGAGGGGAGACGUUUACAGAUUCAAGAUGGCGAGUUUGUCGGCAAAUCCUUUCGGAAUCGGGGUGAACCCGCUCUGGUGCAUUCAGUCAUAUCAGACGAAGAAGCAGCGUUGCAUUUAGAAAUGGAAGAAAGUUUCAGUCCAGGUAUUAGUCUUGUUUGGUUAAUUUAAGAAUUUCUGGAUUGCCAUGUAGUUCUCUUAUUAGACUGGAAAGAUAUUGUGAAAUUAAUAAACAUGUGGAGGAUCAAGGGAAGAAUCCCGCGGGGGGGGAGGGGUUCUAGAGUGAGUCGCAGUUUACAUUGAGGAAUGGACACUUAGAGUUACCAGCCAUCCGAAUGGGUAACAGAGUACCAGUCAGUGUGGGUGAGAGGACUAAACCCAUGAGGGUGGUGUUUAAGCAGACUACAGGAAUAAAAUAUGAUGAUAUGAUGGACAUGAACCAGAGUGAAUUCUCGAGUAUCUAAUGUCUUAAGUAUCUCUAUAGGUCAAACGAGCAGAACAUACAUCAAUUUCUCUCAGGUCCUUCUUAGUAUUUAAUUUUCACAAAUUCAGGUGGAGUUUUCCUGACAGAGAAAGAUAAUGGAAAGGUAGAAGACAUCAGAAAACUUCUGAUCACUGCAGAAAAUGGUACUCAGCUGAAAACACAGAUACUUAGGUAUUUGAAUUGGGUAAGUUCUGACAACGCCGUACAUUCCAUUAUUAAAUCUUAAAAUAACAUUUUAUACUAUCCGCGUGAUACUAUCCGAGUCGAUAAAAUUAACUUGAUAAGACUUUCAACUCUUCCACGCAACUGACGCAGGGUCUUGCAGAUGAUAGUGGCAGCUAUCACACAAAAUUAAAGGUUCAGAAUGGCCGAGUCUAUCUGGAUUUUCCUGAUAACAAAGACCUUAUCACUUCGACGCCAACAAAUUUUAUCUUUGAUGAUGAUUUUUCCAAGUGUGGAUAAUUUAACGUGUCUUAACUGUGAAGGUCUCCCUCUAAGAAAAAUUGCCCAUUUUCGGAGGGGGAAGAGGAGGGGAGGGAAGGGGAGGGGAGGGGAGGGGAGUACCUGACGAUGACUGAAACGGGAUAAGCUGCCGUCUUAGCAACUUGCUUCUACUGCAGACUCCUAGUUUACAAUGUCUUUCAUUAGUUUGAACAGAUUUUGACAAGUGGCUCAAGACAGUUACAACUCGACAAACCACUAACGAAGGAUGAUUGUGACUUUCUUCAAAAACUUGGAAUUCGAGCCAGGCCAAAGCAGUUGUUCCUGAGAUUAGCUUCAGUGCAGAGAGACGUGAUCCAUGAAUAUGGCUGCCUGUUCAAAUUGAUUAGCGGUAAGAUAAAAUUGAUAUCAUUCUUUAAAACGAGAAUUUUAUCACAGGGAAAAAAGCUUUUAAGUAGGGUGUAAUCUAACUUAAAUUAAUGAUUGAAUGUAAAAGAAUCAUACAUUUUUUUGCUUCACUUUGUGAUUGGUUCUGAAAACUCGCACCACGCCCUCAACAUGUCAUAGACACGCAGAAGCAAAGUUCAGGGAAAACUCUUGCGAUUUGCUUAAAGCUGACUAGAUAUCAAGGAAAGUUGUGCCUGUGUGAUUCUGGACUUCAGCAUUUCAAUUAUGGUCCAUAAGAAUUUUUGUAAACAGAGACAGACUUUUCCGUGCACGCUACAGAAAACAGUAUGCCUGCGAAAUAGCUGCUGUAGUUUUUAAAACUGAACAAAAUAGUUAAGUAUAUAGUUCUACGUUAAAUUAAGUAUUGUAUUUUACCGAGGGCUACUCGAGAGUUACUUACAUAUUUAUGUGAUCAUUCUCACAUUUUUAUCCCCACAGAAGCAUCGCAAGAAAACUGGGAAGAACUUCUUGAAAGCAUAAUGGAUUCAGGGAAAGGCGAGGAGAAGAAUGAAGAUAUGACAGCAGCAGAAUAAUUACUCUAAGAUCAAUGAUGCAUACUUCCUUUCUAACCUUUAACUAAAAAAAUAAAUGCCUCAUUAGGGCCGAUUCAAAAUUUACUCACUGAUCAAUAUCACAUAUAGUAGAUACAGAAUAUCAUGCCUGUCUUGUGUGACGACUGUCAUUUUCAGUUUUAAGUCAUAGAAAAUUUACUCCAAAACGUACCAGAAAGAAAACCUUAGGGUCAGUUCAUUAUCGCUUUAAAAUCAUGAAACUGAUUAUUAGAGGUACCUUACACUGUAUCGUGUCAGCAAGACAAACAUGUCGCGAGAAUAAGGUAUCAAAUAAAACACGUGUAUUGUGAAAAUUUCAUGAGAUAGUGGGUAGGGCAGUGUGUACUGCACUACCCACGAAAGCGGCAAAUAUCGGAUUAAGAUCUUUAAAUGCCUUCGCAAUGUGGAGCAUCCAGAAGGAUGGCGUUUUUCUUGACUUUUGCUGCAAUUCAGAGAAGCAUAACAUAUUCAGAAUAGGAAUUUUAUUUGCUUUCUGAGUCAUAGCAUCCAAAUGUAAGAAUUUUUUUGGAAACUACUUUUCAAUUUCAUUAAUUGAGCAAAAAAAAUUUAAACUGCCUCUUUCUCAUUGAAUUCUUCAUAUUUCCCGCAAUAUUUUUUGGCGUCUGUUUGGUGUUGGAGAAAUAUGCAAUGACGAGUUUGGUUAUUUUCCUAACCCUGUUAAUUUUCUAAUGUUUUAUUACCUUGGCAGAAUGUCGCGUGACAUACCAAGAAGAACCCAUUUAAUUCAUUAUUGACAGUCGUCACCAAUCUAAGGUAACAUAAGGGCGCACGCGCAGUUACAUAUUUGUUAAAAGUUAGAUGUACGUGCAGUAGUGAUUAGUAUUUACCUUUCAAGUGAAUCGUGUAAUGCAUUCCGCGCACGCUGAUUGGCGCGCCGAUAGGAUAGUUCUGAGGUGAAUGACAAGUACUAUCCACUUCAGUAAGGGUGAAAGUGGUGGAUAUUUACCUCGCUGUUUCGCGGCUCGGUUAAUGUCCACCGCUAUUUACCUCCACUUUAGUGAAUAAUUGUUAAUUGUUGUUCAAGAUUACUUUACAUUAAGCCCUCUUUCUGAGAAAAGAAACUGGCUGUGAAAACUAAAAAGUGGA